GUGAACCUGUAGAGAGCAGCAUUUGAUAUAAUCACAUACUUCUAUACCAUCAGCUCUUCCUUACAGUAAAGGGGGCGGAGCGAUUAUAGUAAAGCUCGUGCAUUUUCCUGUCGUGGCAGCCGAAACAUUAUCGUUUUCACACAUAGCCAAACAAAUUAUGUUCUAACUGCUUCUAAGUGGAUAUAUUCCGAAUGUAAACUGUUAUUUUAACUAGUUCUCAGCGGUUUGCAAGCGUAUCGCAACGCGCUGAACAGCAAUUCGCGACGAAGACCGGUCGUUAAGGAGCCUGGUGGGACUUCAGUGUACCAUUUCGCGUUUUGGAAGCAGGUUGUCUUUAUUCAUAAGGAAGUGGGUAUAAAGGCGUUUGAUUCAGAGCCAGAAAUACAUUCGGGGUAUGUCACCAUGACCCGUCCUAUAGCAGUUGACUGAUACUGACCCUGCAUAUGCUGAGCAAAGCGGCGAGGGUCGGGUCCGCCUCAGUCUCAUGUGAUUGGAUGCUGGAUGGAAUCAAGGUGAAUGGAACACAAAGAGCAGGAGCUUAACCUGCCAGAGGGAGAUGAGACACGGUGGCCGAAUGGAGUGAAAAGAAAAAGAAAGAAUAGUCAAUGCUCUAUAAAGAGCACGUCUGUGAAUAGCAUCUCUGUUCUAGGGUAUGUUCCCAGCUACCUGGAGAAAGAUGAGCCAUGUGUGGUGUGCGGGGACAAGGCCACCGGCUACCAUUACCGAUGCAUCACAUGUGAGGGCUGCAAGGGUUUCUUCAGGAGGACAAUACAGAAGAAUCUUCACCCUUCCUAUUCUUGUAAAUAUGACAGCUGCUGCAUCAUUGAUAAAAUCACCCGCAACCAGUGCCAGCUGUGCCGUUUCAAGAAGUGCAUCUCGGUGGGCAUGGCCAUUGACUUGGUGCUGGAUGAUUCAAAGCGUGUGGCCAAGAGGCGUCUGAUCGAGGAAAACCGGGAACGGAGGAAGAAAGAGGAGAUUGUGAAAACGCUGCACAACCGACCUGAGCCCACUGCCUCGGAGUGGGAGCUCAUUCGUAUGGUGACGGAGGCUCAUCGCCACACCAACGCCCAGGGCCCUCACUGGAAACAGAAACGCAAGUUCCUACCAGAAGACAUUGGGCAGUCUCCAGCACCAACAUCAGACAACGACAAAGUCGACCUGGAGGCCUUCAGUGAGUUCACCAAGAUUAUCACCCCUGCCAUCACACGAGUUGUGGACUUUGCCAAAAAACUGCCCAUGUUCUCAGAGCUGCCCUGUGAAGACCAGAUUAUCCUGCUGAAAGGCUGCUGUAUGGAGAUCAUGUCCUUGCGUGCAGCGGUGCGGUAUGACCCAGAGAGUGAGACGCUGACCUUGAGCGGAGAGAUGGCUGUCAGUCGAGAGCAGCUGAAGAAUGGAGGGUUAGGAGUGGUGUCUGAUGCCAUCUUUGAUUUAGGCAAGAGCCUGUCACAGUUCAACCUGGAUGACUCAGAGGUGGCGCUGCUGCAGGCUGUACUGCUCAUGAGCUCAGAUCGUUCUGGACUCACAUGCGUGGAAAAGAUCGAGAAGUGUCAGGAGAUGUACCUGUUAGCAUUCGAGCACUACAUCAACCAUCGCAAGCACAACAUCUCUCACUUCUGGCCCAAGCUGCUGAUGAAGGUGACGAACCUGCGCAUGAUCGGUGCCUGUCACGCCAGCCGCUUCCUGCACAUGAAAGUGGAGUGUCCCACAGAACUCUUCCCCCCGCUCUUCCUAGAGGUCUUCGAGGAUCAGGAGGGCAUAACGACAAACCGGUGAUUAGGAAAGUGGUGUUGUUUUGGGAAGGAAAAGAAAAACAACAAGGACUUUUAGCCAUAUUGUACCCUACAUCUUUACUGAUUUUGAAAGUAGGAAACUUACAGUCUCCCUAACAUCCUUGCAAGAGGAAAUGAAAUGAGCGUCACUUACCUCUCCAUGUCUUCAAACAGACUCUACCUCACCCCUCAUCCCUGCAUACAUAUUCCUGCUUAAACCUGUACAUAAACGUGCACAUUUACACUAAAAUUCACAUAAAUGUGAUAGCAACCUCGCUCAUAUGUGUAAACUGCUUUCCCUUUCACUUGUGAUGUGGGACCAAGUGUCAGUCUUGUUCCCUGUUUCUGAGGACAGUAAGAAUGUGCGAGGCUGAAUGAAUUUCGAUGUGCUGUAACAGAGCUAACCGAUUACUCAGCAGAUUAUUUUGCUUUAAGGAAGCGCUGGAGAGGCAGCACAGGAAGAUGGCUCCUGCAUAAGGCGAACCUCAUUCCGGUCCCCGUGCCUCCAAACCCGACCCGUUCACGUGCAACCGUACAUCUCACGCAAGAACUUUACAUAAACUCUUGCCCAGCAAAGGACACAGACAGACCCCCAAAGCAUCACUUCAAAUGGUUUAACCAGUUUAUUUUUUUUCUGGUUCAAAUGCAUAGCAGGGUCCUUUUUGACCGUGUCAGUAUGGCUCCAGGAAGUGACACAGAGGAACAAUAGGGCAGAAAGGACAACCUCACUGUGACUAGCUAAACUCAGGCACAGAGCUCCCAUGAGGCCCCAGGCCAUGCACCUGACUCAGGCUCAAUCCUACCCACCAGCACUGCAGACAUGCACUGCCCCCAGUCUCAACCUACUGCACCAGCAAGGGUCAGCUCAGCUGAGCCCUGCCCACAGACCCUGCUUUUGAUAACGGGGAAUCAGGAAGCCAUUUUUUUUUUUUUUUUUUUUGCUGGAUGUACAAACCUGGUUUACAACACUUUUAUUAGAAUAGAAUUCAGUCCUUUACACCUAGCCAGAUUGUGAAUAUGUUGACUGAGAUUUUGACUCUUAAAGGGGUCAUAUCAUGAUAUUUUGAAAUAAAAGUUUAUUGUGGUGUGAAACCAUACUGUAA